CUGGAGGAGUGUAGGAGAAGUUCCAUGUAAAAGAAGCGGUGGGCGGAACUUAUUCACUAGGGGACAAAGUAUUAAAUGCCAAAAAGUCCGGCAAACAAGUGCCUGCAAGAGCGCGUGGAGCUGUAGAAUGAUCCGAGAAUCCGGUCCUAGGAAAGAAGACGUUUGUCCUAAAACCCUUGUAUGAAUUGCCAUUUCGUUUGUUUAACUGCAAAGUCUCACACGUACACUACCGGCCAACCACAUCACCAGUAUCUCAUCCACCCCACGAAAUUUCGCAUUUUUACCUCUUACCUCUCUGUCUCUGUCUGUGUCUGUGUCUCCCAAAAUUGUGUCUUUCAAAGUGCUUUGUUUAUGAUGAAUAUGGAGAAAAGAACUGGCAUGGCAUGGAAGAAUUUGUAGAGAACUGAGGAAGAAAGAAGGAGAAAAAAAGUUUUGAGUGGUAUAAAGAGUGAUGGGGUCUUGUUCAAAAGGAGGGAAUAACAGUUAUGAUUACUCAUUCAAGAUACUGUUGAUUGGUGAUUCCGGUGUUGGCAAGAGCAGCCUUCUUCUCAGUUUCAUAUCUGACUUUGUUCAUGAUCUGUCUCCCACCAUUGGUGUGGAUUUUAAGAUCAAGCUGCUCACAAUUGGUGGCAAAAGAUUGAAGCUAACAAUUUGGGACACAGCUGGACAGGAAAGGUUUGGAACAUUAACAAGUUCUUACUACAGAGGUGCUCAUGGAAUCAUCCUUGUGUAUGACGUGACACGGCGUGAAACCUUUACAAACUUGUCGGAUAUAUGGGCAAAGGAAGUACAGCUCUACUCCACUAAUCAUGAGUGUAUCAAAAUUCUUCUGGGGAAUAAAGUUGAUAGGGAGAACGAGAGAGCUGUAACGAGAGAAGAGGGAUUGGCUCUUGCACAAGAACAUAAAUAUUUGUUUCUUGAAUGUAGUGCCAAAACUAAAGAGAAUGUUCAUCAUUGCUUUAAAGAUCUCACGUUAAAGAUACUUGAGGUUCCAAGUUUAUUGGAAAACGGAUCCGCAGUAGUGAAAAAGCAAAUUUUAAAACAGAAGCAGGUACAACAAACGCCUCGUAAUGGUGGUUGCUGCUCUUGAUCCGCCACAUGAUGCAAAAAUAGAGGUACAAUACCCAAACUAGAAUUUUCUGCAACAAAAUAGAAGAACUCAAGAAGGGAUUGAAAUGGCAAACGACCACAUCAUUCUAGACCCUUUUGCAAUCAGAUGGCUCAGAAGUUUGAUGCUCAUCAGCAAGCUCUUUCUAAGCCAUUUUCUCACUUCUGUGGUAGUUAUGGGAAUUUUGGGGAUUCUUGUAACAUCUUGUAGUUCAUGUAAAUAUAUAUUUAUUUCAGUUUACUUGAUGCUGUUUGGUUUAAUCAUAAACUUGUGAAGAAAAAAAUGUAUCACGAAGGGAAUAAUGGUUGUAUCCAAAACGGUUUAUGGUAUAUAUGUUCAGAUACGAGAUGAUGGACACUACUCAAUACAGAAAAGGGUUUGUUUUAUUUUGAAAGUAAAGCAGAAGUGCAGAAACUUGUG